UAAAUUACUGCAAGUGUAGACAUGACUAACACGUUGCUAAGUUACGAAUAAAGCCCACAAUAAUUACUCAAUGUUCGCAGUACCUACUCGACUGUGACGUUCAUCUUUGAUACCAAAUACGAUUUUAAUGUGUUUCACCAAAUUUAGUUCAGAGCCCCCGCGACCUAGAUAGUAGAUAAGUUGCGUGCGUUGUGUGUUGUGACCUAGGAGCGUUCGUAGGGACAGUCGAUGCCCCAGUGGCCUAAAUCGCGGCCGGGUCGCUCCACGCGCAUGUGCAAUACACUCGCUGAAUGGAAAUCCAGAAUACGCUUCAUGACAAUAGUCCAACGUGAAAAUAUUCAAUCUGAUUGCUUGAUUAUGUGGUAAACUUCCGUGUACCCAAAUUAUAUACUGAAAACGUGCAGAGGUUACGCAGAAAGGAGUUUUAAGUCAUUUCAAAGAUGGUUAUGCACUGGAAAAAAUGACGUCUUUGUUCGCAAUAUUUUGAGUCAUUUCGUGAUCACUUCAGAGCACAAAUUCAUGGUCAUUGGAGUUAAUGACAAAGUAUGUAUAAAUAACAAGUCUUUAUCUGAUGACUAAUUAGGUGAAGGAAGAUUUUACUUUAUAUGCUGGCAACACUCCCCGCUUUUGUUGUCCCCAGAAAGAAAAAUGGCCGAUUCACGUAAUGUCAAAACUCUUUGGGCGAGAGAUUAUAGUAAAAUCGUGUAAAAUACCAUCAAAAUAGUGAAAAAAGUGCAUUUCAGUGUUAGUGACGUGUUUCAGUGCAUAUAUUAUAGUGUUCAACAGUGAAUUUUCGGAUUAAAAUCUUAUGGUGACGGAUUUUAGUGUGUAGUUUCUACCUGCUAAAUAGAUGCACAAUGUGAGGGGGACAUGUGGGGCGCUGCGGCGGGGUGGUGGUGCGGCGCGCUGGCGGCGGCCGCGUUGCUAUUGCUGCUGCUCGCCGCGCGCUGCCGCCGCACCCGCAAGCCUCAGCCCACGGAACACCACGUGCACAUAGUCCGUGCGCCGGUGCCGCGGCUGCCGGUGCCGCGGCGCGUGUCGCUGUGCGGGCGAGCGCUGGGCGUGCCGCGCCGCGCGCGCGCCGCGCUGUCGCAGGCGCCGCCCCGCCCCGCCGACGACGUGCCAGACCCGCCCCCGCAGAUCAUCAUCGUCAACAACGCGCCCAGCCCCGCCCCCAACCCAGAGUACAUCCCCAAACUGCCCCUCCCCGAACAGUGGAUGCACAAACGAAUAGACUACAAGUACACUACGAUCCCCCGCCCCCUCGCGCAGAUCGCCGCUGAUUUGGGAGCGGAUCUGUCGCAGGAGUCUCGCGCUAAGAAGUACAGCGCGACAAGAUCGCCCUCGUUGGAGAAAGACGACAAGUCCCCGUUCCUACUGAGCGCCAAGUCGUCGGAUAAAGAUAAAGAGGUAUUCGGUUUUGAUUCGGAAGCCGUCGAGAAAUUGAACGAGAACAUGAGUGAGAGGUCCCCUGAGGGAGAGGAGGCGUCUCCCAGCAACUUAAGGAGGUUCCGAUCAGUCAGCACUAGGUUAAACAUGUGCAGCGUGAAUGAGGGUCCACAUUUAGAAGGUCAGCAAGAGAGAUUAGAAAUGCAGAACUCUCCGAGAGUUGUAGAAUGCAGUUCCGCGAAGGAGAAGUCUUCAGCUCCGAAAUUCGACUUCUCUCCAAAACUAUUAGCCGAAACCAUGGUCUCUCCGAGAUUCUUUACGCCCCCAGAAACGGUAUCUCCCAUGUUCUUCGCGGAACCUUCACCAAAGUCAGUUUAUUAUGAUACAGUACGUUCUCCAAAGUUCUUCCCUGAAACUCCUCGCGAUGCCGAGGUGCCGCAGUCACCGAGAGCAUUAGGAGAUCAUCUCAACAGGAACGGAGUGGCGGAGAAGCCUUGCUCACCAAGAGUACUGAACAGACCCAGUCCCAAAGUUCACAGCUACAACAAAGAGAACUACUUCACCUUCGAACAGUCUUGCUUAGAAGACGAGAGAGUCAGUGCAAGACCUAGAAAAUAUGGCGGAAGAAAUUCCAUCGAAAAAGAAAGAUUCACUCCUCCGGCUGAUAAAGAAGUCAGGAAAUACAGGCGCCAUCACAGCUGUGAAACUAACUAUAAAACAAUAGAACUUAAUAUUAGUAAAGUGGAAGAUAAUAAGGACUCUGAAACUAAGCUUGGUGAAGAUGUGACCGACUGUUGCCUCAAGAUGGAUACUUUGGAAAUUGAACCUAAAGUUAUCGAGGAACCAGAGGUAGCGCCGAGUCCUUCCAACACGGCCCACGCAAGGCGACAGAGGUUAAAGUCAAUAUCCUUAGAUUCUGACAACGCCAAGAUUAUAGAACAGAACCUGGGACUGCCAAUAGCUAAACAAAUGAAGGAUCAAAUGAAUGAGGCGUACAAGAAUCAGGAAACCAGUACAUCUUGUGAGAGCAUGGAGAGAUACACGCAGAAGACACCCACGACUGAUAGACCGAUGUUCAAAUUCGAAGAGGAGACGAAAGAUAAGAGCACUGAGACGGAAGAACCGAAAUCUCCGGACGUCAAACAUAAGAAAAGUCUUCGGCAAAGCUCAGAUACACAGUCGUUCCUAGACAUGCCUCGAUUCUCCCCUAAAGAGUUUGAAAUCACAGUGACGUCAGAAGAAGGCGCCACAAUAGCCGCAGAAGCGCAAACCAAGAAAGGAAAGAAUCUUCGAAACUUACGAAUAGAUCUCACUAAACGAGACAGCGACUUAGAAAAAGAACUUUUGGAAUUCGAAAAAUUGUACACUGAUGCUGAAGAAAAGAAAGUCAAGACACCGACUUUGAAAGUCAAAGCGACUUCCUUAGAUUCUUCGGAAACAGUGAACUUAUCUUUACCACAGAAAAAGACGUUAGAAAUUCCGCAGAAUUCCGUAUCUAUGCCAAACACUCCUAAGAGACAGUUGAAGAGAAUAUUAGCGCAGAAAAACGUGAAACAUGACUUUGCUGGUGCGAAGUUAGGUUACAAUUCCUUGCAAUCGAAUGCUGAACAACGUCGCUUAUACAUGAAGGGUCAGGACAGUGGUAUAUACCUCCGAGAGAACCAUGCCGCUCUCAUGUUAUACCAGCCCGGGACCUCCCGCAUGGGGUCUCGCACCAUGGGCUCAUUUGAUGAAAACAUGGCAGACUUUGAGAACACCCCAGAAAUUAACAUAUCUGGUGCCGACAAUAGGACGUACCAUGUCGACACGGGUCAGACCCUAGGGUCUAAUCUGUUGAACUACAAACAGAAUCUAAGCGUUUCUAGCACUAAUUUAAAAACACUCCCGGAAGGCGUGCCUUCAGAUGAUUUUGAACCGAGUGCGGAAGAUGAGAAAAUUACCAAAAAGCUUCACAGAAGGAAUUCUAAUCAAAGUUUAAUGCUUAGCACGCACAGUUUGCAAAGUUCUAACUGUUCUUUAAACAGUGCUGGGGCGUCCUGUCAUAACCUCACUACAGUCAGAACCAGCAUAUCAAACUUCAGCCUAAAUUCUGACAGUAGACAGAAGAAAUUCUCCAUAGAUAGGCGGGAUUCUAACACAUCUCUAGCGAACGCCGAACAUUUGACGCCAACCACGCGCGUCACAUGUUCUUCAAGCGGUAAUGUUUCAGGAGAACUAUCCAAAAACUGCCUCCUGCAACGCCGAGGGUCUAACAACAGUCUGACGUUGAAUAUUCUGUCGUCUAACAACUUGAGUCGGCAUUCUAGCAAUAGUUCUCUGAAUAAGGAUGCUAAACCGGGACAAAAGAAAGGUUUGCUCGAGCGCAGAAGUUCCAAUACUUCUCUAACUUUGAAUAUUAACCAAUCGAAUCCCCAGCUUUCAGUCAACAGAGGUUUGAGCGUAUCCAAUUAUAAUCUAAACGGUUCCACGUGUAAUUUAAGCAGGUAUAACAGUAAUAUUAGCAUUGACAAUCCACCUACAGAACCGCGAAAGGGUAUUUUAGAAAGAAGAAGCUCAAAUACGUCUCUAACUCUAAACAUACAACCUCGAGAGGAGCCCAGAGACUUGGAAAUUGAUGAAACACUUAUAGACACGAACCUGAAAGACUUGCCUCACAGGGACAAGCAUAGAAAGUCUUUAAGCACCGAGAAUUUGAUACCAAAGUCUUAUAAAAACCGCACGAGACUACGGUCUACUGAUAAAGGCGUAGGUUUCGGCUCACACGACAACCUCUGGUCCACUUCCUACGCUACAGAGCAAGAAUACCCACAGAACUUAACAUAUGUAUGUGGAGAUCAGGAAAACGAGAUUAUCUACGCUUUUGGGAGACAGGACGAUCCGAAUUUCCAGCAGGGAUUCACGAGAAAUAUUACCACGAAACCUCUGAGCCCACAGAGUACUUCCGAAGAUUUCCGACUUUAUUUAGCGAAUAUGCAACAUUUGCAGAACGCGUCAAGUGUGCUAUCGAGACAGAAUCUACGAGAUUUGAACGAUGUAUUCCAAAAUGGGUACUCGAAAGUCAAGUGCCAUAGCCUGGGUGAAGGUCAGCACUGCUGCUCCGGCCGUGUCGAAGACAUUGCUAAAGACAACCCUCAAAUGGUGAUCCCAGAUCCAGUUCCUUCUCAACCCUGCUCCGAGUACCAGAAGAUGUUACUCAGGAACCUACACCAGGAGUUCUGGGAUAUGCCCACGAAUUUCCAGGAGAAGCCCAUAGUGUCCGGGUCUCAUCCCAAGAAUAGGUAUAAGACCAUCCUGCCGAAUGAACACUCCAGGUUUAUCUUAAGAGCUGACCCUGGGUCUACUGAAGGGUAUAUCAAUGCCAAUUAUAUUAAGGGGCAUGAGUACACCAAGAACACAUACAUAGCUACCCAGGGACCCCUGCAGAACACCAUACACGACUUCUGGCUCAUGGUCUACCAGAACACCCUGGAGCACAGCGCCCGCCUGUCAGACCAGCCGUCAGACCCACCCUCAGACGGGUCAGACGCCCCGCCCAUUCAGAAAGUGGUCAUGCUAACCAACUUCAUAGAAAACAACAGGCAGAAAUGUGAAAAAUACUUCCCUCUGGAGCUAAACGAGGAGUUCAUAAUCCCCAAUCCGGAUAACCCGGACGAUGAGACGGAUGUAUUUGUGGUGAAGAACAGCGGAAUGAUCCGGAAACCUGGAUACACAAUCCGGAACUUGACCGUUGUGUACAACAAGUGUGAUAGUGACAGUGAAGUGACGGUGUACCACUAUUGGUUCCAUAAUUGGGCCGAUCACAAGUGUCCUAAGGAUGUGAACGCACUACUAAAUCUAAGUUUGGACGUUCUAAAAGACAAUGUGUACGAUUUCAGUGGUGCAACGGAUUAUAACGAUGACAUGUGUAAGUGUGACACUCCGAAGCAGGACUCGAAGUUUGUGUUUCCUCCGUUGGACCAGCCAGCGCCUUGUGAGAUUACGGUAAAUGUGUCUACACCUUUUGAUUUUAGUAGGGAGACGGUUAGUCCGCCAACUAUAGUUCAUUGCUCGGCUGGUAUUGGCCGGACGGGUUGCUUGCUGGCUAUAUUGAAUGGUAUCAAGCAACUUACUAUAGAGCAUAAAGUAGAUGUGCUGGGUAUAGUGUGUAACAUGAGGUUGAACCGAGGCGGGAUGGUGCAGAACUCGGAGCAGUAUGAACUGAUUCACAAGGUGUUGUGUUUGUACGAGCAGGCCUGUUUACCGUUAUAGCUGUGUUAUGGUUCUUAUUAAGGCCUGGCUUUGUUGUGGUUUUGCGGUGAUAAUAAUCAUUACAUUUUCUCUAAAGGAUACUUGCAAGAUAAAAAAAUAUUAAAGAUGCAAUAGAAUAUUUGUCAAAUACGAAAGAAAACAAGUUUUUAAAAAAUGUUACACAAAUGUGUCCUAAAUAAAUAUUGUAUUGCAAUGUAACAAUGUGUAACUUACAAAGUACAUAAACAAACAAGUAAUUUCAAACUCUACCGCUGUUAGAAUAAGGUUUAAACAAAAAUGCGCUCAAUUUUUAAUAUUUAAUAACGUAAUAAAAUAAACAAACUAAUAAUUUAUCAAUUGCAUCUAUAUAAUAAAUACACCAGGAUAUGUACAGAAAAUAUUUACAUAAAACAAUGGAAAAUUAGAAACAAUGUAACAACAAAUAAAUUAAACGCGAUAAAUAUUUAUAAAAACACGGAAAUAAUGUCCAGUAUGGUAAAUAUGCUAAUGAGUACUAAAACGAAGAAACAGCUGUUUUAAACAAAUAUAAAAACAUGAUCUUCUAAUUAUGGUACUUAACACUAUUAACACAAGACUCUAUUUUAAUUAAAACUAGACAUAGUCUUGUGAUGUAUCAAAAUAGAUUCCGCCAGAGGUUUUUACCGCAAAUUAUUUUUUAAAAUUGGUCUUGUGGUUCCUGAGAUAAGCACUUUCAAACAAAAAAACUACAGCUUUAUAAUAUAAGUAUACAUUUUCUGUCAUUCGAAAUUGCACCUUAAAGCAAUGAAAUUAAGGUUGAUCUUUUACUAUACAAUACUAUCCAGAGUUACUGAUGUUACCAGUGAACAAAAAACUCUUUUCAAAUUAAUUUUAGCACUAGUAAAACCUUUUUACUACAGUGUUUAAAAUUAAUAUCAAUUCUUUAAUGGGUAGUUGCAUCAAUAUACAAUUAUACACAAUAAUUCUAACUAUGUGAGAAAAGAAACGAAUUCAUUUAACAACUUCUAUUUUUUAUGUUUUUUACAAUACCGACACAUAUAUUUACUUUAUUAAAAACUAUCAUCUGCCUAGCCUAGACUAGACUAGACUGACUGUCAAAAAUAUUUCAUAAUAUCGGGCAUUAUCGGGUAACUGAGUUAAGAACGUCAGAUAGGCAGUCGCUCCAUGUGGCACACUGGUACUCAGCUGCAUCCAGUUAGACUGGAAGCCGACCUCAACAUAGUUGGAGAAAGACUCGGCAGAUGAUGAAAUACAUAAGUAGGUACUUAAUAACAUUAUAUUUUGAUGCAACUACCUGUUAUGCAGUGACAAACUAGCUUUUGUCUGCGGCUUCGCUCCUGUGUCCUGCACAGGAACCGAGCAUUUUCUGCGAUAAAAGCCCACGUCACUAUUUAUACUGAAAAUCUCUUUAUCCAAACCAUGGAGAACAAAAUGACUAGCGGAGGUGCCAUAACGGAAAAUCUCCUAAGAAAGUAGCGCGACAACAUGCGGGUGUUCGAGGGACGAGGAACGUUACUGUCUUCACCCUUACACGCCUUUAUUGGACGAAAAAUCCCUUACAGAUCUUAUAGAAUCCGAACGUCGAGUUAAUUCACUCGUAACUAGGGCAUGCAAUACCGGUUAACCGGUUUCGUUUUUUUACCGGUAAAUCGCCCAUUUUUGCGAGUUUUAAAUUACCGGUAAAAAUAAUAUGAAACCGGUAAUUUACCGGUUUUUACGUUUUUCUGAUAAAAUAUAGCAAUUGUUCAUUUAACGUCAAAUCUUUGUUAUGUAGCCUGAAUAUAAUGUAAUGUUGCAUACAUUACGUAUUGUAAGAGUGUUAAUGUUGCUGUUUUUUGGGAAAGUAAACUUGUGUGUCCUCUAGGUUAGAUACAAAUCUUCUUUCUCAUCUUAAUUUAUAAAAUCUAAAAAAAUUGUAUUCAUUCGGUCAUUCUGUUUUUCCUCAUAGCUGUCAGCUCAUACUAGGUACAAAUGUAGCUAAUGCUUAUUUUACCUUCUCUAUGACCUUACUGAGCAAGGGCUUUUACUUCACCAACAUGCGGACAGCUCUGAGAACACGGUGGAGCACACAGUCCAGGUGUGCACUGCCUGGGAAGGAUACCGCCGUGUUGUCGUCGAGGCAAUAGGCAGCGGCGACCUUUCGCGUCCUUCCCUGGUUCAAGCCAUGGUCCGGAGUUAGAGGGAAUGGGAAGCCGUCGCCUCCUUCUGCGAAGCAGUCAUGCUCGAGAAGGAGACGGCGGAGCGACUGCGAGUAGCACCUCUCAUCCCAGCCGCUGUAGUGGACCAGGAAGACACCACGGAUGCCAAGGGUCGAGAGACGACUCCUGGCCAUCGUAGGCGUCGGUCUGUGGGCGGUGAGUUCGGGUGGCUCAUCGUUCCACCGUCUGCAUAGACAACAGACCCGUGUCAGCGACGCGCGUUGUUCCACGGGCUCCUCAGGGAGAUGUCAGCAAACCCAGUGGGGCCCAGCAGGGCCAAGGCCUGCCGGGGCCGCGGGAUUGUUCGAAAGAGUUACCGCGACCCUGGUCCAUAAAACGCCUACUAAAAAACCUGGGUUUUAGACAGAAAGAGUCUGUCAUUUGAUGAUUUACCAUAAAAAAGGGCUUUCACUUCAAUGAAAAAAAUAUUUUUUACGGUAAUUCUUAGCGUUUAUCCCGUCUUGUGACGGGGUCGGCUUUCCGUAUCUUCCUUGUUCCACUUCGCUCUAUCCUCCUGAAUAGACAUCUUCCUCUUCAAGUUCACAGAUUUUCAUGUCAUUCAUCACACUCAACCACCACGGUUUCGGCCUGCCUUUACGCCUUUGACCGGGUAUAUUGAGAUUGAGUAUCACAUUCACACUGCCGAUGUCCUCAGGUUUCGGUCCGUUUCUCUUGCAUUUUGUCGGCGACAUCGCGCAGGGAUGGUACUGACAUGUUUUUUGUUACGGCCCACGUCACAAAAAACGUUUACCACCUUAUACUUUGCAUAUUAAUUUAGUUUUUGCUUUAAGACUACCCAAUCUUAUUGUUAUAAUAUCACAUUUUAAAAAAAUUACAAAAAUUACCGUUUUACCGGUUUACCGGUAAAAAUAUUUUUAUUACCGAAUUUUUACCGGUAAUUUUUGAUUUACCGAAAUUGCAUGCCCUACUCGUAACUGAUCGUUUUUGUCAUGCCAACUGUACGUAUUUGAGCUAGAAGACGCCUGACCUACCUGCAUUAUGGCAUCUCCGCUCCUCUUUCCUUAGUCCGUGGUCUCUAAACCAACAAUAGUAGUUGAAGAGAUUGCAUUCAAAAUACCAAUACUACAACUGUAUACUUGUUUCUAAAAAAAAAUUACAAAAAAAGCGACUUCUGAUCUUCCUCUUUUUCGGCAAGCCGGUUAAAAAACUCCGACUGAAAAAGUAUGAUCGUGUGGAAUUAUAAAUUUCAUAUUUUUAGCCAUUUGCCGUUAAAUAUUUGCUUAUUAUUUCGAUUUUUUAAACGUAUGCCAAUAUAAAAUGAUUUUCUUUUUAAACACUUUAACUUUGAAAACGGGAAAAAGUAUUCCAUUAUUACUAAACAAAAAAUCGUAAAAUCACCGCCAAACUACAGCAAAGCCAGGCGAAGGCACAAGUGAUCUAUUAAAGAGCUAAAGCUUUAUAUAAAUAAAUAUAUUUGUUUUCGCGCACCGUGUUAUAUAUAGAACAUUGUGAAUAGACAGAUUUACUAACGGACAAUUGUCGGCCAUUAUGAGAACUUAAAACAUUUUAAUAUCUUGAAUUUACUUUUUAAAUCUGACUGUCAUUGCAUAUUCUUCGCAGUUGUUACUUGUAGUCAGAAGCCAGUAAGUCUGACACCAGUCUUACCAAGGGGUUUCGGGUUGCCCGGGUAACUGGGUUGAGAAGGUCAGAUAUGCAACCGCUCCUUGUAAAGCACUGUUACUCAGCUGUAUCCGGUUAGACUGGAAGCCGACCCCAACAUAGUUGGAAAAAGGUUCGGGAGAUGAAAUAAACUAUAGAUUUCUAAAAUAAACAUAUUUCUGAGUACUACCUUUAUGUUAAUUCAGUUCAUAAAAGCUUUAGUCAGAUUUACAGAGUACUUUAAAACUAAAUUAUAAAACAGACUUAGGUAUUUUAUUAAAUAAAUUUAGAAUUCCUUGUCAAAAUAUUUGUUUGUUUUAAAUAUUUGAUAGUCUUCUGAUGUCCGACAAUUGCCGGUUUUCCCUAGUGUUAAGUUUUUGUGUUAGUCAACCCGUGUGAAAGACGAAUAAGUAAUAAUUACUAUGAAAGCUGGCAACAUUGCUCUUGUGAUGUUGUAUUUUUUUUUGCACUGGCAACUGAUGUACUAAGUAGGUUUUUUUUUUCAAUUUUGUGAGAUGUUUUAUUAUAAAAGUGGAAUUGAAUAAAUAGGAGAUCUACACCUAAACUAAAUCUGUAAAAAAUUAAGAAUGAAUGCUUUUCCUCAUACUUUACAAGUUAUAAAUAGAAAAAGUUGCCAGUGACAAAAAGUGUUUUGCCAAAAAAACAUGAACAAUGUUGCCAGCAUCAAUAAAAUAAAAUGUGUGUAGAAUAAUUUUUAGUAUUUUUCUUGGAUCGCACAAUUUUUUCUUAAUGAAGCAGAUUUGUUGUAUAUUUUAUAGAUUUAAUUAAUUAAAUAUUUUAUUAGAUAACAAACAGAAAUAUAGGAGUAAUAAUUUAUUCUCUGUAAGUAGAUAGAUUUUUUAUUUUUAUUUAUUUUCUUUUUCUUUGUAAAAAUAGGCUAAGAGGAUUUUAGACGGCAUUUAAAAAUAAAUAAAUAUUAAUGUAUAUUAUACUAUGUGUGUAUGUGUAUUUUUUUAUUUCAUUUAAUGCAGUGAAAUAUACAUUGUAGUACAAAAUUA